ACAUACUGCAUCGAAUGAUGAUCCCACCAAUGCCCUGGACUUGAUACGAUGUGACCUGUGUGAGACUGCUGUGGCACAGAUGCACUGCGAUACAUGUCUUGUCAACCUGUGUAAGGCCUGUGUGGGAAAACACACGAAAUAUGAUAAAUCCAAAGACCAUAAAUUCGUCAAAUUUCAAUUCUGGAAAUCUACCCCUCUCUACCCUGGAUGUGAAUCUCAUAGCAAACAGCAAUGUACAAUGUACUGUAACCUAUGUGACAUUCCUGUUUGUACAAAGUGUCUAGCAUCUGAUCAACACCUUGGUCAUAAGUUAUCAGAAAUCUUACAGGUUGUGGGCGAGAAAAAAAGCAAAAUCAUCAAAGAUCAAAUUGAAUUUAAGGAAACAAUUUAUCCAACUUACCAGAACAUUGCCUCUGAUAAACAUCCGGAUGAAAUAAACAAGAACUUGUCUGAAAUCAAGGAUGAAAUCGAUUCAGCUGAAAUGGCUUUAGACACACAUGACAUGUCAAAACUAUUCGCUGUUAAAUCCAAUUUAGACAGAUAUAAAAAGCUUCCACAAAAGGUUGUGCCUUCAAAUCUUAAAUUCUUGCCUGGGAAAAUUCAACGAAAAGAACUCAGUAAUCUGUUUGGAACUUUAUUAUCAAGUUCUCUAACUUCAGAUAAACAUGGCUACAGCAUGAAGACAACACAAAAAUCAUCAGAAGCUGGAUCCCCUUCUCCAGUCAAACAGCUGCUUAAUGAACCAGAAACUGUCACCACCAUAGACACUGGGUAUAGUGAACUUUACAGUGUGGCCUGUCUGAGUGAUGAAGGAAUCUGGACAAGUGGAGAUGACAACACCAUGAAACUCUUCAGCAUCGAUCAGGGAUCACUACUCAAGUCAAUCACAACCAAGUCAGGGGACUGGCCAGAGGACAUAGCAGUGACAAAAAGUGGAAAUCUAGUUUAUAGUGAUAUCAGUGAUGAAACUGUGAACAUUGCGAAGAAUGAGAAGAUAGAGGAGGUGAUCAAACUACAGAACUGGGGACCUGAUGGUGUCUGUAGUACCUCCUCUGGUGACCUCCUGGUUAUCAUGAUCAGUGAUGAUAACAAACUGAACCUGAAUAUCUGUGUAUCUGACAGUAGAGCUAAAUCAGUAGUGGUGGUCAAUCAGGCUGGGAAACUGAGAUUCGGGUACACUGGACACACUCCUGCUCCAAAGAACAAACCAUUCUAUCCACUAGGAAUCACCACAGACAGUCAGUGUCACAUCCUUACAGCUGAUCCUAAAAUGACUGCAUAA